ACCGGAAACGGAAGCGGCAUAACCGGAAGUGGAACUGCAACUAAAAACCGAACAGUCAACGGAAACGAUCGAAGGGAUUAGCAUUAGCAAGGCAUGGACACCGCUGCCGCCGCCGCCGCUGCAGUCGCCGUUGAACUGAAACCCGAUCAGCAGCUCCUGAAGGCCACGAGGAUUGGAGGAGGAGCAGUGGUCACUGGAACCCCAACUGGAUGCGACUGCCUGGGCAGCACAGUGGAGACCAUGUCCUUGACGCCGCCGCCCACGCCGCCUUCGCGCGCCUCUGAUUCCCUCGUCCUCCAUGUGGAACCAGGUGCUCCUCCAAGUGGUUCCAAGGAGGCGGCUUCCGAGGCCACAGCUACGGCAUCCUCUACUGAAACCACCACUCAGCCGGAUCUGCCCGCCAGCUCAUCAUCAACGUCUUCCGCCAAAGCUUCCACAAAGCCAACGUCUGCCUUGCAAGGAUCGGGAUUGGGAUUGGGAUCGGUAUCUGCAUCUAGUUCUGUUUCAGUGGAGCAUCCACCCGCUGCAGCAGCAGCAGUAGCUCCUCCACCAGAAUCCGAAUCCUCGGAGAAUGUUGUGCAGCUGCUGCCCUGGCAGGACAUGCCCACGUAUCUGCAGUUCAAUCCCUACGUGCUCCGCGGCUACCGACCACUGCAGACCUUCAAGGGCUGCCUGCUCAGCCUGUUCUACUGGCACAACGAGACCAUCAACAUCCUGACCCACGCCAUCCCCAUCUUCUACAUCCUGGCCAUCGUGCCCGGACUGAUGCCCUGGGACAGUGGCUACAAGUUCCUGUCCUUCUGCCACGUCUUCGGAUCGGUGGCUCCCUGGUGCGGCAGCUUCGUCUACCACCUGUUCAUGAACAUCGAGAAGGGCGAGAAUGUUUACUACACGCUGCUCAAACUGGACAUGGUCGGCAUCUGGGUGAGCCAGAGCUUCGGUGCUCUGCCCCUGGUCACAGCCACCACUCUGUGCUUCCCGCCGGUGCUCAAGUGGCUCAUCAUUGUCUCCUACUGCGUGCUCUCGCUCUGGGGCCUCUAUAAGGCCCUAACUGCCAGCUCACCCUGGCAGCGUCGCUUGUGCUUCGCCCUGCCCUUCGCCAUGCGCUCCAUCCUGACCUUCCUGCGCAUCCGUGGAAUGGUGGGCGGCAGCCACAUGGCCCUUUCCCAUGUCUACCUGCAGGUUGAAGUUGACGGCGUCUCCAUACUGGGCGGUGCCAUCGGAGCGAUGCGAAUCCCGGAGAAGUGGUUCCCCGGCGUGGUGGACUUCUAUCUCAACUCCCACAACAUAAUGCACGUGCUGGUCGUGGUGGCGGUCUACUCCAUGCACAAGGCCACCAUCAAGGACUUCGAGUGGAUGUCGACGCAGACCUGUCACACCGAUGCCGCCAAUGUCACCGAACAGGCUCUGGGGCACGUGGAGCUAUGACCCGCUUAUUGGCUGCUGCCGCUGGUGCUGCUGCCCUUGCCUUGGAUAAUCCUGGCCAGGCGGCGCGCCCGGACGCACUUGAUCCGCGCCCUGAUCGCUCCCAUCGCCUGGCGGCGGAGGCGAGACCAAAUCCCCGGAUGAGAGUAGAUUUGAGAUGGCUACGAGGAACGCUACUUGAAUAUACCGUGUAUAAGAGAGCGCCGAUGCUGUUGCAGUAACAAUAUACAUAUGUAUAUCUAGGUGUAGGUAUAGGCCAUACAUAUAUGAACUGUAUGUGUGUAUUUACAUAUAGUACAUACUUCGACUGUGGUAUUAAGCAUUAAGGUUAUAUAAUUACGGAGACGACGGGAUGGCAGGAUGGUUCGGAACCAAGUCUUCGGAUUUUCACGCUAAAACUCUUGAGUAUACAGUUGCGAUAUGGGCUGGGCAAAUGAAUAUGGAUUAACGAUUAACGAUUUAUGAAUAAUGAGUAAUUGUAAUGAUGAUUUGAAUGAUGUUGAUACACAUGUACCUCAUUGUGCUUACGACAACACAUCUUAUUUUCAAAUACUCGUACGUAUAACUUUGUACCUCGUCGGAAAAUUCUACAAUAAGAACACCUAUAAGCUAAUCUCUUCCUAGUUGAACUUUUUAGAUAUGCAAAUUGUUAAUUUUGGCAAGCUAGUGGUAGUAGUGUAAGCCUAGUUAAUCUGCUCCAAUCUGUGCAUAGUUGUGAACGAAAAACACUUGCUGUUGUGUGACAGUAGUUAGAAAACACGUAUUCAAGUAUGGACAAGUGUGAAAACCAAUACAAUCUUCUGGCAAAAGUCGCUACUGCAACGAAUCACGUACAUACAUACGUAGUAGAGUUCGAUAUGAAUUGGGUUUAUAUCAUUUAUGUCAAUUGAGUGCGCAAUGUUAACCUCAGAUAUUUAUUGAGCUCCCCCCAAGUAUUGAAUAUUAUUAGAAAUCGCAAUAUUUAUUACGAGUUCCCUAGGCGUUAAUUAUUAGGGCAGGGUAUACAAAUACAACAACCAACUUAACUAUACGAUAGCAAUCUUUCGAAAGUCGGUCUAUUUUAAUCCUAGCAAUGCGAACUAUUAUGAGUAAUGCGUUUUAGUAGUGUCAAUAAUUUACACCACCCCCUCCCCUCGAACGAUAGAGACAGAGCGAAUCUAACAAGUGAAACGUAAGCUAACAAACGAAUUCAAACAAACAAACAAAGCAAUAAUUAUAGGCAGACUCAAUGCUUUAUGUUUAAAGUUGCUGCUAGACAUAAGUGACAAUUAUACGAGUAAUGUAAAAUGAUUUUCUGAGCAGGUUAAUAAACAUUAAAAGUGUAUUUAAUGAGCAAAUGAAAA